AUGUCCGCUGCCACUUCAGAGAAAACAUCCCACGAUGGAGCGUCUCAGGGCCGCAGUAAAGACUUCACCAGGCCUGGAUCCAAGGUGAAGAAGAAGAGCCGCUCUCCUGAGGUGACCCUACCGCCUCUGUGCUCGGACCGCUCUCACUCUGUGGCCGGGCCGCCGUUCAGCCGAGGCCUCCUCUUCAGAAACGUCCCCGCCGACAGACCCUUAUCAGUGAUGGAACUCCCUCGUCUGGUCGCACAGGUAGGACCUGGGAGAGCCAUAGGUGGGACAAAAUGGACAGAAGGACCCCGACUUAUGGCCUCAGCAUUAGGGGCCGACAUCCCCAUCAGAGCGGCUGAUGAGUGGACAGCACAGAGCCUUGCAGAGAAAGAUGAAUCAAUAAAAGUCCCGAUAUGUGAGGAUAAAAAGAUCCUGACUUUGAAAAAUGUGAAAGAGACCAAACUGAAUAAAGUUCCUCUCAGCGGCACAGAGGUAGUUCACAUCCUCGCCCAGAGAGACCCGGGACAAUUUGAGCUUUAUUACCUGAAAGAAGUGGAGGGAGACUCUCACAGACCCUAUGACCUGCGGGUGGUCCAUUCCAGUGAAGCCGGUUCUGAGCACUACGUCUUCUCCCCUGACUCUGUUCUUCACGUGACAGAGACGGGUCACGGAGGACUGGUCAGUCUGGCGGACUGGUACAGAGAGUCCGUGUUGUGGACAGCUUUGAAGGAAAUCCCCUUUUUCAGGGACUUCAGACUGCGGAAAGCUUUCACCAGAUGGCAAAGAAAUGUGCACAAGAUCCUCUUUCAGCGCAAAUGUCAGGAUCUGCAAGAUCUUCUGCUGACAGCUGUUCCUCAGUUCAGAAAGGCUCUUCUUCUGUUCACCAGGGUAAUUGAAGAAGUGAAAGAGACACACUGGCUGCCCCAGGACGAGUCUAAAACCUUCACACUGCUGGAAUUCAACCAUGAACUGAUAACCGUGAAGCAGGAGUUUCUGCAGACGUUGGAGAAGCUAUCACAGCAUCGCGCUGUCAUCCUCAAUGAGGUGAAAGAGGGCAGCUACAGGACACGCCAGGAGCUGCAGCUUCACAUGGAAUACGCUAAAAAAACUCCAAACUCGUGCGACGAACCCAUUCACCUCCUCCUGGCUCACCAGCAGGAGCUGAAGAAGGAGUCGGCCCGGUCUGAAGGCGUCCUGCAGAAACUCGGCAACUUUGCUGCUCUGGUCAAUCGGAUGACUCUGCAGAGUCUCGUCACCGUCGUCCGACAAGAUGUUGCAUGUUUUCUGAACAGCGUUGUGAAGAGGCAGAAACCUCAUCAGAGCUGUCUGUUCCACACUGAGCUGUGUUUCGGUAUCGAUGGUCAUCUGACGGUGGACCCACCGAUACGUCUGUUCCAAGAGGCCGUGAGUGAAGCUCUGCUGACGGCUGGCGACUCUUUAAUCCAGAUGUGUGACACUUGUGGAUUCUUCCUGGAGACCAGCCACAUAUUCUUCACCUGUGAUUUAUCUCAGGACUCAACCUCUGACUGUCCUACUAUUACAGGGGAGAAUAAGAUCAACGAUGGAGCGACUGGUCCCAGAAGGUUCUGCUGCUGGAAGUUCCUCAGAGAACUGUCAGCUUCCCGGCUGCUGACUCCUAAACCCACCCUGCUGCCGGUGCAGGGCGACAGGCUGCACGGCUGCUACUACCCCCUCCUCAAGACACAGCUGCAGUGGCAGAUCAGCACCAAUGACGUCACAAGACAAGCAGAGAAAGAGCAGAGAGAGAUCAUGCAGGAAGCUGAAGUAGAGACCCAGCAGCUGUGUGAGAGCUUCCUGUGGCUGGUGGACGUCCAUGUGUUCAUCAGCCAGUGGAGUCCAACCUCUCUGGAGUCCAUGAAGGGUCGGCCUGCUUCACUGUACGAGGAGCUCAUAAAGAAGGUUCUCCACUGGACCCAAAGAAUCCACACAGUUCCUUCAUCAGUCUCCACCUCCAACCAGCUGUUCAUCAUCCAGUGCACCCGCAUGAAGGAACGUCUAGGACAACAGCUGAGGAGCGUUGAGGAGGAAGUGCUGGAGCAGCUAGUGGAGCAGAUAAAGCUGAACUCUGAAAGCCUCAUAUCAGACUUGGAGAAGGCUGCUGCUGAACUCAAGGCGGACCCCCGAGACCUACAUGACCUCUCGACAUACGCUGUCAUGAUGAGGGAGUCUGUGAAAUCGUUGGCCGACACUCAGAACCGUCUGGACUACGUUCACUCCCUCCAGGACACGGUUUGCAUGAACUAUAGGAGGAUGACUGAACAGGAGGUGUCUUUGGAGGAAAAGAUGCUGGCCACGUGGAACUGUUUCAUCCCCCUCUUGAAGCGAGCAGAGAGCGUUGUGUGCAGCCGUCUUCCCUCAAUGGCUGACGCGGUGGACACAAUGUUCUCCUUUUUGGCCUGUGACCUUAAAAGUAUUGUCUCUAAAGCUACAUCUGGACCCUUCCUCGACCCGACCCAGAACCCAAAACACAUGGUGUCCCAACUGAAACACAUGGGUUUACAUGUGACCGGACUCAUUGCAAAGCUGGAACAACUUAGUAAAAACAGCCAAAACCUUCAUGAACAUCCGAUGGAUUUGACCAUUUUGACAACAGAUGUUCAGAAGGUCAAAGCCCGUUUUGAGUUGUGGGAGCUGAUAGCUGAGUACACGACAUGGAUGGACGAAUGGAAACAGAUGUUUUUCAGUGAGGUUGUGGUUUCACAAGCUCAAGGUAAUAUUUCCAAGUGGAAGGAGCGAGCUCUAUCUCUAACUAGUAUCAUAACUACCCAUGAUGCAGUGCUUCAGGAGACUUUAGGGUUCCUGGAAAGCUCAAGCUGUCAGGUUGCUGUCUUGGCCGAGCUGCAGGCCCACAACCUCAAACACAGACACUGGAAAGCCAUUUUCAAAGACAUAGGCCAACUGUAUGUCCCGGAGAAGAAGGUGACUGUUGCUCAACUGAUGUCUCGUCAAUUCGACCAGAAACUAAUAACCAAGGUAUGCAGGGAUGCACAAGUAGAGUGCAACAUGGAGCAGACCUUCCAGAAGCUUCAACAGGGAUGGAAAGUCAGACUUUUCCAGCUGGAUAAAUUCAGUCUGCCUGUUUGGCAGCCUGGAGAGCCACAGCAUGGAUUAACAGAGAGAGAGAAGCCCACGGAGGGCACAGUCUCAAAUCUCCAAAAUGCGAGUCAGCACUCCAGGAAAGAUGCAAGAUUCAUCUUCAUCGGUCUGGAAAUACACUUUGCGGAGAUAGAGAACGAUUUAAUGGCGCUGUCCACCAUGUUGCCGUCCCCACACAGUGUUGAUUUCAGGCCGCAGAUGGAAGAUUGGAUGCAAUCACUGCAAGAUCUCAGGGAGCUACUUUUUUUAUUUGAAAGAUACCAGCAAGUGUGGGCCUUCCUGACCAAGAUGUUCUAUGAAACAUGCUUCAGUGUUCAGAGAGUGGACCUGCUGGAGCGAUUCCAACCAGUUGACGAGACAUUUAAGGAAAUGAUGCUCUCUAUAUCAAGUGACCCUCAUGUGUUGAACUUUGUUCAAUCCAAGAAGACAAAUGACAGAUUCCAUGGUGGUAGCCUUUGUCAGAUUCUCACCGAUGGUCUGUCCACAAUGGAGGCCGUUUCCAACCAGAUGGUGGACCUCCUGAAGACCCUCUGUGAACAGUUUCCAAGACUCUGGUUCUUGAGCGACAGGGAAGUGAUCCAACUGCUCUCCUUUCACCCAACGCCUUUCACACUGCAACGCUUUGUGCGCAAAUGCUUCAAAGGGAUACGUUGGCUCGAAGUGGAUUGUGAAAUGUCACCUAAUGUAAACAGUGUAAAGAGCUGUGGGGCUACGUCUCAGAGCCACGGACAGAUGAAGGUGCUGGGGUUUUUUGGCAGCCUCCAGGAGCACAUUACAUUUACGUCUCCUUUGGAACCAAAUCUCAAUGCCUUAGUUUGGCUUUGUGUUUUUGAGAAACAGCUAAAGUUGACCAUGGUACAACAGAUGAAACAAUGUGCUAUUGCGCGAAAACAGCUUGAACCACCAAGUCAGGAUUUGGCAUGCGAUAAAGAGGUUGGAGAGAUCCUGUUCCAACGUUCUGAAAGGAGGAAAAAUAUACUUUCUGUGCUGGAUCUGCUGUCUGAAUAUCCUCUUCAGUGUCUGCUGGUGGCUGAGGAGGCAGGUUGGUGCCAGGCUGUCCUACAAGCUUUCCGAGUGAAGCUGAGCAACAUGAAGGCAUUCUACUCUGAAAAACUGAAAACCCUUUGUUGUGCCAUAAGAGAUGGAGUCACAGGGGCUAAACGUGAAUCUCUGGUUUCUAGGUACACAAUGAUGUGUCUUCGUGCUUUAGUGCAACUAACGAUGAAGCAUGCGCAGCAGAUAUCUCGACUCACGGAGGUACAAUGUGUGCUGGACUCGUCUUUUGAGUGGCUAUGUUUAAUGAAGUACCAUAUAAACUCAGAGGAUAGGAGUCCUGUAGGCAGUGAUGAUCCAACAUGUUACGUGGAUGUCUUGGGCCAUCGACUCCAAUAUGAUUAUGAGUAUUUUGGUCCAGAAGAUUGGCUGAUGGUUCAUACUCCGUCCACAGAUCGGGCGGUACUGGGGAUUCUCCUGGCUCUGACGAGCUACAGAUGUGGGUUUGUGAGUGGACCCUGCAUGUCUGGAAAGACAACGACUGUGGUCCAGUUAGGAAAAGCGUUAGGGCGUCAGGUUGUCAAUGUGCAAUGUUGUCCAGGCACGAGAGCUGGUGAUGUUCAACGGAUGCUGUUGGGCGCCCUCCAGACUGGAGCAUGGCUUCUGCUGGACUCUGUGGACUUACUGACACAAGGGGUCCUAUCAUCACUGGGGCAGCAUCUAGUAGACAUCCACCAGUCCUUCUCUAAGUUAACAAGAGAGAAGAAUCAGAGAGUGAAUAAGGAGCCAAGGGACAGGACUGUCGAUGAGGUCACAGGUUGCCAAAGCGUUAUUGAUUCAGAACGUCACAUGGUACUUGCAGGUAAAAGCUUCUCUGCCGGGCUGAGCUACGGAUGUGUUCUCAUCUCGUCGAAGGGGAAUGAGGUUCCAGAGAGUCUGCGAUGUGCCUCAAGACCUGUUGCGUUAACCCAUCCAGAUCACAGGAUCAUUGCAGAAGUAAUGCUGAUUUCCAUUGGUUUCUCAGAGGCCACGUCUUUGAGUCGACGUCUGGUGGCCCUCAUCAGCCUGGUGGAGGAUUCUCUCUGUCUGCCCGAUUUCCUCUCUGGCCAACAGAGCUGCUACCUUGUUCUCUUUCAAAAGAUCAUCUCCACCUCUGAAAUACACUUCCAACAAAGUGUUAGGGAACGAGAAAUUUCAGUCGAGGCCAAAGGAGCAGUUGCAGAACAAGCUGAUCUUGGGCCUCAAGAAAGUGCACAAAGUGGGACUGUCAGAGUUGUUGAAAAGGAUAGAAAAGAAACUAAAAAGCCUCCCAGGUUUCGCCGUUCUCACUUGUCAAUCGUGCAGGGAUUAAUGGAGGAGACUGCUAUCGUCAAAGCCAUUCUGUCUGUCUUCCUACCUUUUCUUUAUGAGCACAAGAAAGCAUCACAGUUCUACGUCGUUUUAAAGGACACAUUCCCUAUAGCAAGCCAGUUUCCUCUUUUCCAGCAGUACAUUGGGGAAAAAGAAAAGACUCAACUGAAAGAUGCAGUUACAGAAGAAUUACAAAGAAAAGGGUUUCACUCCGACGCCGAACUAAUGAGCAGUGCCCUUACACUCUAUCAGACCAUGAAAUCCUCUCAGGCAGUUAUGCUUCUAGGCCCCUCAGGUGGUGGAAAGACAACCUGUUACCGUGUUCUAGCUGGAGCACUCAAUCAUCUGGCUGCCAAGGCAGUGGAACAUCUGUUUGAAAAGGACACUAUCAUCGAAGGAGAUACCCAACAGGCGGAUCCACAGAUCUCUGCUUCAAAUUGGAGCUCUGUCCAAACUGUGGUAUUAUUUCCUAACUCCAUGUCCCACAAAGAGGUAUUUGGAUGCUUCUGUGAAAAGAGAGGAUGGCAGGAUGGAGCUGUUGCCAAGGUGCUGAGGGAUUCAGAACGACGUGAAUGCAACACAAAGAAGAGGAGCGAUCAUACAGCUGUGAAAUGGUUGGUAAUGGAUGGGAAUCCUGUGGGGCGGCCCGGCUGGUUAGAUUACUUGACUACAAUGUGCAGUCCCGAGGACCCAUUUCUGUGCCUGUCAUCGGGUGAAACACUGCCAUCCCAAUCACACCUCAAGCUCCUUAUGGAGGUCACUGACCUCCGUGAUGCCAGCCCCUCUGCAGUGACCCGCUGCAGCCUUGUUUACCUCACAGCCACUGAUCUGUGGAAGUCCGUGUGGAAGAGUGAAAUGGAUGCUCUCUCGUUUGAACACAAACAGGAUCGAGGAACCUUGAAAAUGUGGAAUCUUCUGGCUGAAGAUCUUUUCUCCAGCACGCUUAGUUUGCUCAGACAAAAGGCUUUAAACUCUGCAGUCCACAAUGAAGGAGAAUCUCUUGACAGCGUCACAUACGGACUGCAAGAAAUCACGUCAUUUGUUCGGAUCCUACGUGCUCUCCUGCAGCAUUUUGGGAAGGAAGUGGAAAAAGCUGAGCCAAUACCACAAAAGGACAAAAUAGAUCCCCACAGUAAACAAGACCUGAAGGCCAGGAACCUUUUUCUGGUGGCUUAUAUUUGGGGGUUUGGUGGACAUCUGCAUCCUCGCCACCGGCCACAGUUUGACCUAAUAGCCCGUCAAGUGCUGUUUAGCUGCCGGUACAAAAUUGUGGUUCCUGAUGAAGAGAGCGUGUUUGAACACUUUUUAAACAUCGACAGCAAAAUAAGCUCCAAGAACACACUGCUGACAAAUUCCAUCACCCCCAAGUAUGAGGAAUAUAGCUAUCUCCUGAAGCUCCUGUUGGAGGCCAACCAGCCGGUGUUGGUCGUAGGAGAGCCCGCUUCUGGAAAAUCCACUCUGUGCAAAGCUUUGCUGAGUUUUGACAAGCCACACAUCAACCUACCAGCCAGUCCGCUCCUGAGCUCCAGAGAGCUGCGUACUAUUCUGAGUAACAUCAGCUGCAAGAAGAACCGUGAGGUCACUCUGGGCUCAGUUACAAAACAGCCAGGACUGCUUCUUUUUCUGGAUGAUCUGCACGAAGCCCCCUGUGAUGUCUUUGGGAAGACGUCAGCGGCUCUGGAGACGCUACGACAGAGUAUUUCAAUGGGACAGAUUCUAACGUUUGACACCCACCUCUUCAAGUUGUUAAGUGCUGGAGCCGUCAGCUACAUGGCUACCUGCUGCGUCUUUGGAUCUGGCAAUCACCACAGUAAGGUUAUAUCCUCCAGGCUCUCACGCCUGUUCUCCAUCUUUGUGCUGCCGAGCCUAUCCAUGGACGUCAUACUGUCUAUCCAUUCUCCUCGGCUAAAAACUUGGCUCAAAGACUCGCUGCUUGAGCAGAGCGGUGAGGAUAUGUCAUGCUGCAUCAUCACUGCUACUGAACAUCUCUAUCGAGCAGUAAGCGACCAGUUCCAGUCUUCUGUGAAGAGGCCUUAUUUCAUAUUCUCCCAUCAUGACCUUCAGAAGGUGUUUAGGGGGAUGUGCUUGUGGCAGCCGGACGCAGGGAUCAUACAGAACAAAGAGCAUUCACCGCCAGGCUUUCCUCCUCCAUCCGUCCUUCACAUAGCUCAUCUCUGGAUGCACGAGUGCAUGCGUACAUUCAGUGACAGGUUUUGCUCAGAGGACGAAAGAAAAACUCUCGUGUCACUCGUAGCCAAGACGGCAACGGAACACUUUGGAAAAACUCAGGCAGUAUGUCAGAGUGUAGAUGCAGUACAUCUGCCUCAAGAGCCAGAACCAGCUGUUCAGUCAGAUCUGGAGAAAACCCACACAUUGACUGAACCUUCUCUUCUGUCUGGAAACAUUUGCUUAGAGGAACGUUUAAAAACACAUCCUCUGCAACCCCAGAUUCUUCAGCAUAUGGAGGACGUCAUGGCUAAGCGUGUUUACGGUCCUGAGCUCUCUGAGGCUUCAAUGAAUCCGCAACAUCAUUUUAAACGGAGCGCUUCUUAUCAGGGCAGAGACUUGGAUGUUCUGAUGCAGGAUCUGUGUGCACUCAUGGACAGAAAAGAGGAGGACAAAGGACAGGAAGUUAAUGACAACUACAACAUUGCAGACCGAUGCAUUGUCCACAGACAGAGAGUGUCUCAGCUGUUGCAUGUCCUCAGGGUGCUGCUCACACCUGGAGGUCACGGAGUGCUGAUGGGCUCAGACAGAGGCACGGGUCGCAAGACAAACGUGCGUUUAGCUGCCGGUCUAACGGGUUACCAGUUGAUGGAGGUUCAUCCUGGUAACGAGGACACGUUGCUUGACAUCCUAAAAGAAGCCGGGAAUCAAACUAGAGUGGAUGGAGUUAAUGUCAUCGUGCUGGUCCAUGAAGGGAUCAGCCAGUUCGUCAGAGAAGAGCUGUUGGUGGCGAUGGCUCACCCGACAUACCCAGGACUCUACACAGACGAGGAGCUGGGAAAACUGGUUUCCAGAGUGACUACUGGGAAAAAGUCCAGAAGAUAUCUGAUGGACAGUUGGAUGUUUGAGAAGUACUUGAGCCAAAUUCACAGAAAUGUGCAUGUGUUCCUGUUGCUUCCCUUCACCCCGACACACAGCAGUGAGACACCGGACAACAGUGGCCUCCAUGGAGGGAAUGUAAAUAUGUGUUUUCUAGAGACUCAACUGUCCAAGGCCCUGAGCUUCAGUAGCUGUGUGGAGGUUUACCAGCCUUGGUCCAACCAGUCUCUAGUGGAAGCUGCUGCUCAGUGCCUCAAAACCAGUUCACACAAAAGUGAGUCAGUCCACCAACAGGACGGCCUGUCUGUGGCCAUGGCAUUAAUCCAUCUAUCUGCAUGUCAGCAUGCGUCUGUCCUUCUAGGAGCUCAGCCCUUCAGCCCUCAGACUUAUGUGGAGUUCAUUGACAACUUUGAUUACCUCUGUAAGCAUCUGCACAAUCUGCAGCAGAGCAAAGCCCACAGAGUUGCCACGGUUCUGUCUCGUUGGGAUGCGUUGGACAGCACCGCCUCGCAGUGCAAACAGCACCUCAUCAGCCUGCAGGAGAAGGUUUCUGAGACUCAGCAGCGCCUGAAAGAUCUCCUCAGAGCCGCUGAGUAUCAGAGGAGCCUUCUGGAGGAGGCCCAGGAGAAAUGUGUGGCAGAGGAGAACGAGCUGUAUCACCUGGAGGAGCAGAUUAAUCACGCCCAGAAACAGGUGGAACCUGUGUUCCUGUCAGGCCUCAAGAUUCUCAGUUGUCUGAAUCCAUCAGACCUGGAGGAGGUGCGUCACUACAGAGAUCCACCUGACGGAGUGGUGAAAGUCAUGGACGCCAUCUGUUUGCUGUUUAAUCGUCCACCAGGCUGGGAGAGCGCCAGGCAGCUUCUGGGACAAUCCAACUUCUUCCAGGAUUUGGAAUUCUUUGACCGCUACAGCGUGACAAAUGAGCAGCUGCAGGAGCUCGGACAGAUAGUUCACAGCCCACAGUUUGCACCGGAGUCUGUGCUGGAGGUGAGCAAGGCCUGCGAGUCCCUGUGUCGAUGGGUCCAGGCUGUGCACGAGUGCUGCUGCAUGCAACACCAACUGUUGGUCAAACGGCAGCUGGAGUUGCUGGCCGACGAGGCCCGAGGUCGACUGCACCUGGCUAGGCAGAGCGUGGAGGAUGCACACCGUCGUCAGGAGGACUUGGAGCUUCAACUGCAGCUGGUAGGAAAAGAGCUGGAGGAGAAACUGAUGGAACUGCACACAGCUGAGAGCGCAGAGGGAGAAGCUGCUUCAGCUGCAGGGAAGCUGGAGACACAUGUCAGAGCCUGGAGGGCUGCUGCUCAGGAGGCAGAGCUACAUAAGGAAUCCUUACUAGGAGAUGCUCUUCUUCUGGCUGCCAUCAUCUCUUAUUUGGGCCCCUUUGGACCUGACAUUCGCACACAACUGCUGAACAAGUGGAGGAAGCUAUGUGAGACAGGAAGCAUGGACAUAAACCCCGAGGACCCCAGAACCUCCCUGUUUACACACUCUGACUCCCCACCUCCUCACCUGCCUCUCGGCUUUCCCCUCCCCGUGUCCGAGCGGCUGCAGAGGCCUCUGGGUCGGGCUUUAGGUGUUCACCAGGACGCUCCGACAGACACACUGGUGGUGAAGCUGCUGCUGUGGAGCUCCAGCAGGGCCUGCGUGCAGCGCUGGCCUCUACUGGCAGACACCCAGCAACACCUAGACAUGAACUCUCAAAGCUGCCUCAUCACAGGAGAGAACGUUGAGCUUGAGAAGGAGACGGAGUGUGAGCUGGUGGUUUGUGCUGAUGAUCCAGAGCUGCAGGACAAGCUGGACCGGGCUGCAGAGAGAGGAUUGAGAGUCCUGGUGACUCAUGUGGAACGUGCGACUCCAAGUCCACACUUUCUGUCCAGACUGGAACGUUCUGCUCCGUGUUUGCUUCCAGGGUUAAAACGCAGCGUUCGGCCGACCCACCCUGAGUUCUGCCUUUUCCUCAGCACCAAUCUGCCCGUCCAGCUUAUAAACACCGACAUCCAUCCGUCCAUCCUGGCUCUGGUACGCGUGGUCGACCUCUCUCUGAGCUCAGAAGAGAUCCAGGAGCUGAUGCUGACACAGCUGCUGCAGUCUGAGAGUAAAAAGCUGCUGAUUCAACACCAGCAGCUGCAGCAUGACAAGCAGCUGCUGCAGGAGAGACUGGCCUCAGAAGAGGACGCUCUGAUGGACCACAUCCUUCAGUCCAACACCUCACUGCUGCAGGACUCCGCCCUCCUCCCCCGUGUGGCUGUUUGUCAGGAUGUGAUGAGGCGUCUGCAGGCUGAGGUCCAUCAGCUGACGGAGGAGCUGCAGCACCACCAGGCCCUGCUGUCGGCACCGCGGCGGUUAAUGAGGCUGGCUGGGUCUUUGUACCGGGCUCUGCAGGACGUGUCCCGCCUCUCUCCGACCUACUACUUCUCCCUACGCCGCUUCAUCACAGCUAUGAAAGAGGCCUUCCUGGUGAAGGACAGGCCGAUGGUGUGCACUGGGGAGCUGCCCUGGGGGGUAACACCAGAGGUCAUGAACCGGAUGGUAGCCCAGCUGCUGGAUCAGUACCGGCCGUGUCUCAUGAAGAGCCACGUCUCCGUCCUGGAGCUGCUGCUGUCUGCGGCUCUGCUCCAACACAACCGGCUCUGCUCCGAGGCCGAGAGGGUGGCGUUCCUCAGGGGCCUCGGAGACGUAGAACCUCCCGUCACUAAACCCGUUCAGUCCACCAGAACUCUGCCCAGCUGGAUCCCCCCUCAUGUCCAUUCAGAACUCCUCCUCCUCGAGGAGAUCCCGGUCUUCAGAGGGUUGAUUGCCUCCUUAUCCACUUGCCCCGUCCAGUGGCAGGAGUACCUUCGCCUCCCGUCCUCCAGCGUCUCCGGGUCGGUUCCGUGUGGCUCCCACUCCCAUCUGUCCGUCCUGCAGAGGGCGCUCCUCUGGAGGACCGUGCUGCCCGGCUGUCUGGAGGGCCUGGUGGAGGCCAUGGCCGCCUACCACCUCUGUCUGCCCGGACAGACGGAGGCCCCUCACGCCGGGAACCCAGAGGCCCUCUCACGUUACCUUAUGAAACACGAGGGGCCCGUCCUCCUCACGACGCCUCGUCACAGAGGAGAGGAGAGGAGGAGCGUUCAGCCUCUUCUCUUAAUAAACUCGUUGGCCCGACGGGAAGCAGAAACAAAGACGGUCCAGGUGGAGGUGGUUUCGUUUGGCGCUCUCUGUGACAUCGAGGUCGUUCUCUCAAAGCUGCACAGAGCCGUUAACGACGGACACUGGAUGGUUUUUAACGAGUGUCACCUGUUGGAGCGAUUUGACGGUAAAGUAGCGGCUCACCUCAGUCAGCUGACCUCCUCGUUCACAGGGGAGCGACGGCUGAUUCACCCGGGAUUCAGAUUAUGGUUCAUAACUCAAGAAUACGCAACGAGCUCCAUACCAGCUGCAGUGCGAUGGCGCUCCCUGUCUCUGGUCUGUGAGUCUCCCUGUGAUCUGGAGGAGGAGCUCAGCGGUUCUUUGGUUCAGCUGCUGUCCGUCGUCCAGCGUCUCUCAGCAGAGAACGUGGAGCUGCUCCUCCGCUGUGCCGUCUUCCACUCUGUGCUGCUGCAGAGGCUGACCUGUGAAGGCCAGGGUCAGGGGAGGAGCUACAGCUGGAGUCAGGACGACCUCCUGACGUUACUGGAUGCACACGAUAACGUUGCUACUAUCUGCCAUGACGAUGAGGAGGCUUUGCGGUACAUCGCAGUCAAUCUGGUGCACGGUGGCCAUGUUCUGGACUCUGCAGAUCUGGAGGUGGUGGACAGCGUUGCUAAGACCUGCCUCAGCAGAGCGUCACCUCUGUGGGGGGGUGGACCACACAUCCUCUCUAAUAUUACCAAGAAUCCUGGCUGUUUCGCGUCCUCAGAUUCGUCUGAACUCCGACAGAUGUUGGAGCAGAAUCUUAAAAACCCAUUGAGCCUCAACGACCCCCGUGUGCUGGGCUUCGGCUCAGACGCGGCAGCUGAGAUGAUCGAUAUCAAUAGCCACAAUCUGGACGUUCUCCUGCGGGCCUCCCAGACUCCUCCUGGAGCAGCGAGGAGUUUCUGCACGCGUCUCAAGCGGCCCGCCGCUCUGCCGGCCUCCAGCGAGGCUUCACACAGACUGCAGGCUUUAAGGAGGCUCCUCACAAACACGGGAACUGAUCCAGCAGCAGUUUCUCACGGUCACCUCUCUGACUUCCUCCGGACCGAGCGGGACGACCUCAUCGAUCUGGUGUCGUCGCUCCUCUCGCAGCUGCAGCGGCCCGCGACCUUUGACCCCCUCCUCCAGCUCGCUGGCUUGUCUCAGCUGGAGAGGAGGGCGGAGUUAAUCGGCUCUUAUCGGCGCCGCAACGCUUCGGAUCCUCUCGGCGCAUACCGUCUGUCUGCUUUCAGAAACGCCCGAGGCCUCCUGGUGGCGCUGAUGAGAGAGGCGGCUCGAGUGAACCGCAAAUACAUCAGUGACAUAACGCUGCGUUUUCAGGUUCUGAGCGACAGUACUUCCCCCGCCUCACUCCCUCUGGACGCUGUGUAUCUGUGCGGCCUGCAGCUGAGAGGGGCAUCAUGGGAUACGCAGUUGGGAGCCCUGCAGGAGGCCGACUCCCUGCAGCCCAGCUCACUGCCUCUCGUUUGUGUCGAGGCUCAAGUCAGGAGCACCAACACCGACCCAGACAUCUUCCCUUCUAGAAGUUCACAUUUAUUAGACGUCCACGCUUCUUCUCCGUCGUCGUCUCCGCUCUAUCGCUGUCCGCUCUACCUCGAUGUAGAGCGGGGGAGUGGAGUCGGGGGUUUAGCAGAUGUUUACAUCGUCACCACGUUUCCUCUUCGCACAAAGAUGAAUCCUGUGUUGUGUAGUUUGAGGCGUGUGAGGCUCGUGAGCAUGCUCUGA